CUGUUGUUCACGCUCGCACCAGCGCAGGAGCUCCAGUGACAGUGGAGUGCUUUGAUUCAUGCUGUUGUGGAGUCCCCGUCUUUGGACUCAAAGAACAGUUAAUGCGGGCAGAAAAGAGCGUAUGAAGGAGGAGAAGAUGAACGUGGAGGCUCUAAGCAGAGCGGAGCUGCUGACUCUCCUCAGUAUCUUGGAGGGGGAGCUAGAGGCCCAGGAUGUAGUCAUACACGCCCUCAGGGCUCAGCACAGAGAUGCUUUUGUCCAAGAGCGCUACGGACAGUAUGACCUCAGCGAUCCAUUCCUGGCCCUGCAGCGGGACAACGAAGCCAUGGAGUGCCAUAACACAGCCGCCGAACCUCACACGCAUCUGCAGGGAAGGGCAGUGGGGCCAAAUCCUCUGGCUGUGCUGAAACUGGUCAUGGCUCACUGCAAGAGGAUGCAGGAGAGGAUGAUGGGACAGCUAGCUGCUGCUGAAAACAGACACAGGCGGAUGAUAGCAGACUUGGAGGAGGAGAAACGACGACACGUCCAGGAAUCUGCACACCACGCUGACUUCACCUUCAUGCUGCAGACAGAAAGAGAUAAACUGCUGCAUCAGCUGGAAGUGGAGCAUGCAACAGUGCAGAGAUUAGAGAAGGACAAAGAUCAAGUAGUGAGCAAGGUGGAGGAGUCUCUGUCCCAGCAGCAGCAGCUCUCCUCCACUCUGACUCUGGAGCUCCAGAAAGCCAGCAGCCAGGCUCAGGAGGAAGCCCAGAAAGUCUCACAACUUCAAGUAUUGCUGCAAGAGGAGACCAGUGCCCUGGAGAAGCUGCGGGCUGUUCUUGAAAAUGAGAAGAGCAAGGCGGCCAAGCUUCAGGCCAAAUCUGAGAAACAGAUGGCUGAGUUUGACAGAGAACGUGAGCAACUGAAAGUCAGACUGGGUCAAGAGGAGGAAAGGAGUAAGGAGCUUGAGAGACAGGUGGAGGACCUGAAAAGGAGGUUGGCUGAACUUGAAGGAUCUAAAGAAGAGGCAAAGGCAGCUGUGGUGGAGGAGAAAGAGUCAAUGCCCAAAAAGAUGGCAGUAGCCACCUCUGUUCAGACUGAGCUGGAUGGAAAGAUACCCGUCACGCCUAAAUCCACCUCACUGUCAAAAGUCAACGGCCAUCAUGGUCAAAAGGAGGCAGAACUGACACAGGAGGGGAGAGGGGCGGAUAAUGGUGGGGUAGUAGAAAAUGGGGGAGGAUCUCUUUUGCAUUCCCCUCACCCUCAUCCUGCCUCUCCCUCAAGCACAGCCUCCUCUUCCCUCUCCUCUUCCCCCAUUUCCUCUCCUGUCCUGGCAAAGCGUUUGGGCAGUCCUGGUUUCCAUCAGUCGUCCUACCAGGCUGGAGUCAAUCAGCGGUUCCAGGCGGCCCGGCACAAGUUCCAGAGUCAGGCGGAGCUGGAUCAGCAGCAGCACGGCGGCCCGCUUUCCCCGAGGGACCUCUCCCCCACCACCUCCUCCAUUCCUCCCCCACCAGAGCACACCACAGCUAAGCAGCUGGCCCGCAACACUGUCACUCAGGUGCUGUCCCGCUUUACCAAUCAGCAGGCUGGAGUCAAGCUGGCUCCAAUCAGCAGCUCUCCAUUUGGCACGGACUACCGCAAUCUAGCAGCAUCUCCCCCGGGAGGAAGGUCGCCUUCAGGGCCUCUAUCUCCAGGCAUCCGCUCCCCCGUCAUUCCACGUUCAGAGAGGGCAUACCCUCCCCCAACUCCUCCCAAGAAGCCGGGCAUGAGUCCAACUCCAGGCUCUCCCAGUCACUCUGCUCGAACCAGCCUCUUUCCAGAGCUGACGGGGAACUGUGGGCACAGUAGCAGUGGCCAGGAGGGGGCCAAGGAGUCCGACCUGGUUUUAUCUUCAAGUGGUUAAUAGAAAGAUCACACUAACCAACGAAACAAUUCAGGGUUAUGUCGGCGGUUUUGUAGUAUCCAUCUUAAGUAGCAAAACUACUUAAUAGCACUCCAUCAGAAGUCUAGACAACUGAAGCUGAUCCAGAUUUUGCUGCACCUCUACCUCCAUGAAACAGUUGGAAAGUUGGAGUAGAACUAUUUGAAAUGAACUACAGUACAUGGAUUAUUUUAGAUGCAUCUGUUUUCUGUCACUUGGGUGUCUUUCUUUCUUUACGUAGAACUAUUGUGAGUUUGUGUAAUAAUUGAAAUAUUUUAGACACUAUAUUAAAAGUAUCCAAAAACAAUUUACAAUUUAAAGAAAGCACCUGUGGAUUUUUUUAAAGAAAUUAUUAUAGUUUUUGUCAUUGUUUAACAAACAGUUUCUUUUGUCAUGAGCAGAAGCUGCUCACUGUUUUACAAUUAAAAAAACACCAGUCACACAAUGUUAAAAAUAGACUGUGUAGGGCUAAAAUGUGUAAAUGUAAGCAAAUGUGUAGCUUUCACUGUGUUUUUGAAAUGUUUUCCCAAUGACUUCUUAUGCAGUUUCUAGAGAUUCUCAGUUAAAAACUUUAUUAUACUGUAAAAGCAUCACCUGCAUGUACUGUUUUUAUGCUACACUUAACCAUGAAAACACUUGAGCAUUAUGAAAAGGGAGACCGCACUUUGCACUACUUUACUGUAUGUCUACGAUUAUUUUAGUGACAUCUUCACAGGGAGGACCGUGUGUCAUUAUUAUGUGAUGAAUUGUAGUUAUACUGUCAGUAAGAGUGGACACUAAAGCUUCAAUCAUGCCACUGUAAUUACUCUAUUACAUACUACUGUAUGAUCCUUGGCUUUAAAACCAUUGAUUCCUUCCAAGCAAAUAUUUUAGCCAUUCUGUUUGAAUCUGUAGGCGUACACUGCUGUCAGGACCUUCACCUGUAUAAAGAUGUCAUGAAACCCUGCAAAAUUUUGUGCUUUUCCAAUAAACUGGCCAUGUCUUGAAAGCCUA